UGUCAGCUUCACCUUACCUUCGCUACAGGACGUUCGUUCGCUUCAUUAACAGGCAGUUGCGACUGUACAUAUUAUCCCGCAACUCUGGGUCCAACGCCAAGACCGUUCUGAAGAGUAGGGGGCCAGCACAUUCCAGUCGUCGCGAUGCGGCCCACAUCCUCCCUCUCCACCUUCUGCCUCCUCGCCGCCGCAGCGUCAGCCUUCAAGGCACCCCUUGCCCACGAAAUCGGCGCCAUCCUUCCCCGCCAGACAACGUCGUACGACCUCUCUUUCUCGGAGCAACCGCAAGGCAACACCGCCACUACCGCAGCAACAAGCAACAACGCCGCCGCCACCGGCACACAAACAGCCAAAAACAAUGGCACCACCACCACCGCCAUCGAUCCGCGCUUACCGGCCGGAGGCCUGUCAAUGAUCACGCCGAAUGUGUACACCACACAGUACUACAAGAUUAGCGACUACAUCACCUUCGCCUGGAACUACACCUCCCUCUCCGUCACCCCCUCCGCCGUAGACAUCUUAGCCUCCUGCGCGUCGAAUUCGGCGACGUACACCAUCGCGUUGAACCAAACCAUCACAGCCGCUACACAGGCAGUAACAUGGGAUACGAACGACUUCCAGGCCAGCGCCUCUACCACACUGCUUACGGGCAAGUACACGCUGAUCAUACACGAUGCGGCGAAGGAUGUUAGUGCAACGCCUGCAGCGGGGUAUCUAGGGACGUAUCAGCAGUUCACGUUUGGCAUGUACGAUCCUCAGCCGUAUGUGAGUAUCCAAGAUGGGUGGCAGUGCGUAACGUGCAAGAAGAGCGCGGCUUUUAGUACGGUGGAGAAGCAGACAAUGGGGUUCGUGUUGGGCGCUGUGGCCAUGACGAUUGUCAGCUUCACUUGGUUUGCGGGGGUUGCCGGGUUGUGGUAAACAGCACUGAUGUAUUGUGUGUGGUUUAUGCUUGCAUAGCGAAGGGUGGCCGGCGUUCAGUGAUUUGGGCCGCUGGACACACGAUACAGUAUGUCACGUCAUAUAUGGACUCAAAAGUGUGGAGGAGUCAGGCCGGUGUUGUUGAGAAGGUUCUCUGGCGUUUGCUUCGGCGCGAGGUGGGCUAUAUACGUAACGUCUAAUGACACACACAUGCACGGUAACCGCUUCAGCGGCUCCCAUGAAUGCUCGUAUCGACUCAAACUCAUGUAGGAUCGACCGACAAUCUUGCAAGCUCCGAAGGAUGCGAGAUGUGACAUAAACUUAGCUCAUGCACGGCAAUCGCUGCAGCACG